CGCGACGGGUUGCACGAUUCGCAACGCGCACGGUGUUUGGGGUGACAGGAAGGCGUGCCGGUCGCAGAAAGCGGUGUUUCCGGCGACGGAGGAGGAGCUUCUGGCGGCGGUGGCGGAUGCUACAAAGAACAAUGAGAAGAUAAAGGUGGUGACGAGGUUUUCACACACUAUUCCAAAGCUGGCGUGCCCCGCCGGAGAUGGAGCCACCCUAUUAAUUAGCACCCAAAGGUACAACUCGAGCAUGCAUGGAGGUGGACGUGGAGAGAAGGGAGGUGACGGCGGACGCCGGGGCGGGGCUGAGGGAACUGAUCACCCGGGUGGAGGAGGAUGGGCUGAGCUUGGUGGCGUCACCCUACUGGGAGGGCGUCAGCGUCGGCGGGGUCAUAAGCACCGGGGCGCACGGCAGCUCCUGGUGGGGAAAGGGCGGAGCAGUUCACGACCACGUCACGGCGGUUAGCCUUGUCGUCCCGGCGGAGGAGUCGGAAGGAUAUGCAAAAGUGCGGCGUUUCACGGCUGGUGACUCUCUCCUCAACGCCGUCAAACUCUCCUUGGGAUUGCUUGGAGUUAUUUCUAAGGUGACCUUUUCACUUGAGCCAGCAUUUAAACGGAGCAUAACGUACAACUUCACGGACGAUAACGGAGUGGAGAAUGAGUACAUUGAGCAUGCAAAGAAACACGAAUUUGCAGACCUUCAAUGGUAUCCUUCUAGAAACACCGCCGUCUAUAGAUACGACCACCGUGUCCCCCUCGACACUCCCGGCGACGGCGUCAAUGAUUUCAUCGGAUUCCGGCCAAACUUUAUCCCCGUCACCCAGAUCAUUCGAGCCGCAGAGAAAAGUUUCGAACGUAAGAGAGACGUGAAAGGGAAAUGCAUGGCCGCCGGUGCAUUCAUCGCGUCAAAAGAGUUGAUAGCCAACGGCUUAAAGAAUAACGAUUUGGUCUUCACCGGAUACCCCGUCGUCGGCCGCCAAGGAAAGAUGCAGACCUCCGGCUCGUGUCUCUACACGCCCGAGUCCGACUGGGCGAGCUCGUGCGCGUGGGACCCACGGACCGACGGUCUGUUCUUCUACGAGUCGACCGCCGUCUUCCCCGCGGAGAAGUUCGAGGACUUCGUGCGCGACGUCAAGGCGUUGCGCGAUGCCGUGGGGCCCGCGUCCUUCUGCAGGGCCGACAUGUACAACGGACGACGCCCUGACACCGCGGCUGGAUAUGAAGUGUGGGACGAAGUGGAGCAAAUGGCGUUUUUCAAGCAUGGGGCCCGCCUGCACUGGGCCAAGAACCGAAACGUGGCGUUCAAGGGUGUGCUGAACAAGUACCCCGGGUUCGCGAGGUUCUUGGACGCGAAGAAGAGGUUGGACCCGAAGAACCUGUUCUCCAACGAGUGGUCGGAGGAGGCGGUGUUCGGGAAAUCUACGGGCAACGGUGACGCCAAGGGAGACGGGUGUGCUUUGGAGGGGCUAUGUGUCUGUUCGAAAGACAGACAUUGUAGCCCCUCUAAUGGCUAUUUUUGCCGCAAGGGGAUUGUUUAUAAGAAUGCUCGUGUGUGCACUUAUUUGUCUAACUUUUUUCAGGCUUGGGCUAACGUUUAAUUAGCUUAUACGUAUACUUGAUGAACUCCUCGGAUUUUUCAUUUUAUUUUAGUGUACAACUGUACAACUAUCCCAUUGUCAUAGUCUUAGCUUAUAUUUUAGAAUUAAGCUAUAGGUAUCCC